AAUCUUCGAAACGUUCCUUCAAAGGCGCUCGUAUCAACAUAUAAGCUGGACUGGAUGGUGCCGUACUGCCUUUUUCUACUGAUGAUAUCGCAUUGGACGCACUGGUUCGCUCGGCAGCAGGUGGAGCCCUUGGAUGUCAAGUAUACGCCCUUCAAUUCUCUUAUUGUGUUGGUCGUCUUGGAUGGGUUGCUGAUGUUGUCCUACCGGUGCAUGCUGGACGACGGCAGCCUAAAGGAUCGCUUGACAAUCGAACAAGCCUUACUUAUGGUCCAUGCCGUGCAUACCACUCGAAUUUGGAGUGCUUCUAAGGCUCUAAAGGUGGAGUGCCUUUACUGCGAUCAGCUGAUUCCAGAAACCAUGAUUUUCUUUGAGGGAUUCCAGCUCGUCGGCACCAUCUUUAUUUUAUUCUACUACUGGCCGGCUGUGGGUCUGGGCAAUGUGCUCUAUCGACUACAGUGUUUUUAUACUGUAUUAGACCUAAUUGGUAGUCGUAAAGACGCCCGCUCUGCCAUUGAAAGAAAAUGCAAAAAGUUGCACUAUAGCGAGAUAAUGGACCUUUUUUGCAUCAUCUGCCGGGAGUCCAUGGAACCCAAGGAGCGGUGUGGCUGGGUCCGUCUGCCGUGCGGUCACUCCUACCACAGGUGCUGUGCCAUGGCCCGGUUUAACGGCCAGUUCCUCUGUCCACUCUGUGGCGUCAAAAUACACGCGUAGCCGGAACCAGCUGGAGUGCCGCUUCAUCAUAAUGAAAUAUACCAAUGAAUAAACCACAUAGCCGCCCACCAACAGCUGCCAUCUCUUGGGAUUAUCAUUGAACUCUACAAUAAGCAAAAUGCUUCAUAAGUUCGAAAAGGAUUCUAUCGCAUUGUGGACCUUAUCUCUGCCUGUUGUGUUAUUUUGUUUGUAUUAAGGCAGUAAACAUCCAGAUAAUUCUCCAGAUAAUCCACAUAAAACACUCCAAAUUGAGUUGGAGCUUUCAAAUUUGAAAAUUUAACCGCACAUUGGCAGUCAAUAUCGAUAUCGCAAAAAUGAUCGAUAGUUACGUUCCACACUGUAGAACCCAUUGCUUGGCGGCAUUUCAAAUCAGCAGCAACCAGUGGAAUGCCUUUACAAUAUUUACUUUCAAAUUACUUUUGAGUUGCAGCUAUUUUUGACUUUUGGUA